UGUCCCGCUGCACCGGCUGCGACGGCGCAGCUGUGGAAGUAGGGGGAAGAGAGCGGUGCUGGGAGAGAGGGCCACGCGUAUCUCGGCCUGGUAGUGCGGUGGUGGGGCUCGGGAGGUGAAGGUCAACUCUGCACCUCACGUGUGUGUGGGGUGACUGGACGCGCUGUCUGGGGAUGAGAAACCUAGCGGUCCCAUUGGACCUGGUCGCCAUAAUAACCGGCGGAGCCUCGGGCUUAGGCCUGGCCACAGCAGAGCGACUGGUGAGGCAGGGGGCCAGCGCUGUGCUUCUGGACAUGCCCAACUCGGAUGGGGAGGCCCAGGCCAAGAAGUUAGGGAAGAGCUGCGUUUUCACCCCAGCUGAUGUGACCUCAGAGAAGGACGUGCAAGCAGCCCUGACUCUAGCAAAAGAAAAAUUUGGCCGAGUGGAUGUAGCAGUCAAUUGUGCAGGCGUUGCAGUGGCCAUCAAGACAUACAACUCAAAGAAGAGCCAGGCUCAUACGUUGGAGGACUUCCAGCGAGUUCUCAAUGUGAAUCUCAUAGGCACCUUCAAUGUGAUCCGUCUUGUGGCUGGUGAGAUGGGACAGAAUGAACCAGACCAGGGAGGCCAACGUGGGGUCAUCAUCAACACUGCCAGCGUGGCUGCCUUUGAGGGCCAGGUUGGACAAGCUGCAUACUCUGCUUCCAAGGGGGGCAUAGUGGGCAUGACACUGCCCAUUGCUCGGGAUCUGGCUCCCAUGGGCAUCCGGGUGAUGACCAUUGCUCCAGGCUUAUUUGGCACCCCGCUGCUGAACACCCUCCCAGAGAAAGUGCGCAACUUCCUGGCCAGCCAGGUGCCCUUCCCCAGACGACUGGGCGACCCUGCUGAGUAUGCUCAUCUGGUACAGGCCAUCAUUGAGAACCCGUUCAUCAAUGGAGAGGUCAUCCGGCUGGAUGGGGCCAUCCGCAUGCAGCCUUGAAGGGAGAAGGCAGGGAAAACGCAUACUCCUCCAUCCUUCCUUCUGCUGGCAUAUUGUCCUCCGGCUUGGGAGGAAGCCCAGUAGCCAUCCUGUAACUGCCUACUAGUCACCCGCUGUGCCUAAUAAAGUCUCUAUUUCUCA